AGUACCCACUGUGGCCCUUUGAGGACCGGUUUGACACCUGUGAUAUAAAGGCACCACUCAGCCCUGAGGCACGACCAACAAGGGCGUGGUCUCAUCUUAUUGUGUAGCCACACACCUGCGACACUCACUUCCCAGACAGCACGGGUGCCUGAGAAGACCUUGAAAAUGUCUGGCAUUGUCGCCAAGCUACAGCACAAUCGAGAAAAAUCGCAGGGCAUUGGAACCAACUCUCGGGCAGUGCCAUAUUUAAACCAGGACUAUGAGUCUCUGAAGCGAAGCUGCCUUGAGAGAAGAUGCCUUUUUGAGGAUGAAAGCUUCGAGCCACUUCCAGCAUCUUUAGGCUUCAAUGAACUUGGACCGGGUUCGUACAAAGUUCGAGGAAUUGAGUGGUUGAGGCCCCAGGAAAUUGUUUCCAAUCCCAAAUUUAUUCUGAGAGAUGCCACCAGGACUGAUAUUUGUCAGGGAGCACUUGGUGACUGCUGGCUCCUGGCGGCCAUUGCCUCAUUGACGCUCAACAAGCAGGUCUUGUCCCGCGUUGUACCGCAUGACCAAAGCUUUGAAGAGGACUACGCUGGAAUCUUUCAUUUUGAGUUCUGGCAGUUUGGCGACUGGGUGGAUGUGGUCGUUGAUGAUCGCCUGCCCACCAGAGAUGGAGAACUGCUGUUUGUUCACUCAGCAGAAGGAUCGGAGUUUUGGAGUGCCCUAUUAGAGAAGGCCUAUGCAAAGGUAAAUGGCUGCUAUGAGGCACUCUCUGGAGGAACCACCACAGAAGGUUUUGAGGACUUCACUGGAGGCAUUGCUGAGAGACAUGAUCUCUCCAACCCUGAUCCUCACCUCUUCAAUAUCAUAAGGAAGGCCCUGGAACGAGGCUCCCUUCUUGGAUGUUCAAUUGAUAUCACCAGUGCAGCUGACUCUGAAGCCAUCACAUAUCGCAAGCUAGUGAAGGGCCAUGCCUACUCAGUGACAGCAGCUGAAAAGGUGUCGUACAGAGGAGACAUAGAACAGCUCAUCAGAAUCCGAAACCCAUGGGGACAGGUGGAGUGGAAUGGCGCCUGGAGUGACAAUUCUUCUGAGUGGAGAUAUGUAAGUGAUGAUGACCGACAGAGGCUGACCAACCGCAGUGAAGAUGGGGAGUUCUGGAUGUCAUUUUCUGACUUCCUGCGAGAAUAUUCCCGUCUGGAAAUCUGCAACCUCACACCUGAUGCCCUCACAUCAGAGUACAAAAAGUGGGCAGAGACGGAGUUUGAAGAAACGUGGAGAAUUGGCGUGUCUGCUGGUGGCUGCAGAAACUAUCCGGAUACCUUUUGGACAAAUCCUCAAUUUGUCAUAAAACUGGACAGUGUGGAUGAUGACCCCUAUGAUGGAGAGGACGGCUGCACAUUCAUUGUGGGAUUGAUGCAGAAGAACAAGCGUCGCAGGAGAAAGAUGGGGGAGGACAUGGAGACCAUUGGCUUCCUCAUUUAUGAGCUACCUGAGGAGUACUCUGGCGCUAAAGAAGUCCACUUGAAGAAAAAUUUCUUUAGGACUAACCGCUCAGCUGCACGCUCUGAAACCUUUAUUAACCUGCGAGAGGUGUGCAACCGUCUGCAUCUGCCUCCCGGAGAGUACCUCAUCGUUCCUUCCACCUUCGAGCCCAACAAGGAUGGGGACUUUUAUAUACGGGUGUUCUCCGAGAAACCAGCAACAUUUCAGGAGAUUGAUGAUCCAGUUGACUGUCACGUUAAACAGAUUGACAUCGAUGAAAGCGACAUUGAUGAUGGAUUCAAGAGACUGUUUGGACAGCUAGCUGGACAUGAUGUGGAAAUUUCUGCAUUUGAGCUGCAGAGAAUCCUCAACAGAGUGGUGGUAAAGCGAAAGGACAUCAAAACUGACGGGUUCAGCCUGACCACAUGCCGCAACAUGGUCAAUUUGCUUGAUAAAGAUGGAAGCGGCAAAUUAGGACUGGUGGAGUUUAGGAUUCUCUGGACCAAGAUUGAAAAGUUUUUGGCCAUUUACAGAGAAAAAGAUGCAGACCAAAGUGGCUGCAUGAGCUCUUCUGAGAUGCGGUUAGCAGUAGAAGUCGCUGGAUUCUCGCUCAACAACCCAUUGCACCAGAUCAUCGUAGCCCGUUACAGAGAACCAAGCUACACUAUUGACUUUGACAACUUUGUGUGCUGUUUAAUCCGCUUGGAGUCACUUUUCAACGCAUUCAAGUCCCUGGACAAUGGAUCUGGUGUGAUAGAGCUGAACUACUUACAGUGGCUGGAACUGGUCAUGUUAUAAAGGAGCUGCUCAGAUUGUUUAUUUAAAAAAAAAAAAAAAAAAAAAAAAAAAAGGACCAGCAC